AUGGUUGAUGAUGAUGGUGAUGAUGGUGUUGAUGAUGAUGAUGGUUAUGAUGGUGUUGAUGAUGAUGAUGGUGAUGAUGAUGAUGGUUAUGAUGAUGCUGAUGAUGAUCUUUCUGCAAAAAAGGUAUUUGAUAGAAAUGAAACAUGAUAUUAGUUUGAUACUCUAAGAUAAUGUUUAAUCAGCCAGUCCUGAUCUAAGAGCUAUAUUUAACCCUAUCUUAUUUUUCCUUCAGUGAUCCCCAAGCCUUAAAUAACUUCCUUCAUGGAACCAAUGAGGUAAUCAUUUCUCUUAUUAUCCCAGCAUUAAUCAGAACUGGCCUCUCAGAGAGACAAUGCCAAAUGUGUUAUUGAUUUAUAAAUAGCUGUUGUUCGUGGUACAAUAAUGAUGAAAAGAGAACUGAUGUUGUCACAGAGAACCAGAGAAUGAUGGUAUCAUAACCAUAGAAAUAGGAAUUGGAAUGCUAGUUUAAUAGGAUCUCUAUGGUCAUAACUGUCUGAUGUCAUCAAUAUGAUAGUAUUGUAAACUCCUCUAAGUCAUCAAUAUGAUAGCAUUGUAAACCUUCUGAUUAUGAUAUUGAUAUUAUAUAUAAUAAUAAUAAUAAUAUGCCAUUUAGCAGAUGCUUUUAUCCAAAGCGACUUACAGUCAUGCGUGCAUACAUUUUUUGUGUAUGGGUGGUCCCGGGGAUCGAACCCACUACCUUGGCGUUACAAGUGCCGUGCUCUACCAGCUGAGCUACAGAGGACCACAUAUCAUAUUGUGAACGUCUCUCAGUGUGAUCAUGGUAUUGUCUCUCUGUUUCACCACUCUGAUCAUGGUAUUGUCUCUCUGUUUCACCACUAUGAUCAUGGUAUUGUCUCUCUGUUUCACCACUAUGAUCAUUGUAUUGUCUCUGUUUCACCAGUGUGAUCAUGGUAUUGUCUCUGUUUCACCACUAUGAUCAUGGUAUUGUCUCUCUGUUUCACCACUAUGAUCAUGGUAUUGUCUCUGUUUCACCAGUGUGAUCAUGGUAUUGUCUCUGUUUCACCACUGUGAUCAUGGUAUUGUCUCUGUUUCACCAGUAUGAUAAUAAUAAUAAUAAUAUGCCAUUUAGCAGACGCUUUUAUCCAAAGCGACUUACAGUCAUGCGUGCAUACAUUUUUGUGUAUGGGUGGUCCCGGGGAUCGAACCCACUACCUUGGCGUUACAAGCGCCGUGCUCUACCAGCUGAGCUACAGAGGACCACAUAUCAUAUUGUGAACGUCUCUCAGUAUGAUCAUGGUAUUGUCUCUCUGUUUCACCACUAUGAUCAUGGUAUUGUCUCUCUGUUUCACCAGCUGCAGAAUGAAGACCUGCUCCUUACCUGUUCCUCUGGAGAGCCCCCCUCCCUCUUCACUGACCCCCCGGUGAGUUUGCCCCCAUCUCUCUCUCCAUCCCUCUCUCUCUCCCACUUCACUGACCCCCCGGUGAGUUGCCCCCAUCUCUCCUCCAUCCCUCUUCUCUCUCCCUCUUCACUGACCCCCCCGGUGAGUCUGCCCCCAUCUCUCCCUCCAUCCCUCUCUCUCUCCCUCUUCACUGACCCCCCGGUGAGUCUGCCCCCCAUCUCUCCCUCCAUCCCUCUCUCUCUCCCUCUUCACUGACCCCCCGGUGAGUCUGCCCCCAUCUCUCCCUCCAUCCCUCUCUCUCUCCCUCUUCACUGACCCCCCGGUGAGUCUGCCCCCAUCUCUCCCUCCAUCCCUCUCUCUCUCCCUCUUCACUGACCCCCCGGUGAGUCUGCCCCCAUCUCUCCCUCCAUCCCUCUCUCUCUCCCUCUUCACUGACCCCCCGGUGAGUCUGCCCCCCAUCUCUCCCCUCCAUCCCUCUCUCUCUCCUCUUCACUGACCCCCCGGUGAGUCUGCCCCCAUCUCUCCCUCCAUCCUCUCUCUCUCCCUCUUCACUGACCCCCCGGUGAGUCUGCCCCCCAUCUCUCCCUCCAUUCCCUCUCUCUCUCCCUCUUCACGGACCACCGGUGAGUCUGCCCCAUCUCUCCCUCCAUCCCUCUCUCUCAUCCCUCUUCACGACCUCCGGUGAGUCUCCCCAUCUCUCCCUCCACCCUUCCUCUCUCUACCUCUUCACUGACCCACCGGUGAGUAUGCCCCAUCUCUCCCUCCAUCCCUCUCUCUCUCCCUAUUCACUGACCCUCCCGGUGAGAGUCUGCCCCAAUCUUCCCUCAUCCUCUAUCCCUUGCCUCUUCACUGACAUCCUGCUGAGUCAGCCUCUGUAUGCACAGACGAACCCACACCUACAGUCUUAGAAGAGGAGAACCCUUUGAAGAAACCUUUUUGGGGUUCCAGCAAGAACCCUUUUGGGCGGCAAGUAGCCUAGCGGUUAAGAGCAUUGGCCAGUAAACGAAAGGUAGCGGGUUCGAAUCCUUGAGCCGACUAGGUGAAAAAUCUGUCUGCUAAAUUACUAAAAUGUUAACUGUAAAUGUUGCAUGUAGAACCCUUUCCACAGAGUGUUCUACAUGGAACCCAAAAGGGUUCUCCUAUGGGGACAGCCGAAGAACCCUUUUGGAACCCUUUUUUCAAAUCAAGGACUAGCCGUUGACCAUUAUUUAUCUCUCACACUGUAACUCUAGGAUAAUUCUGAUGUUCUCCUACUCUUUUUUCCUCCCUCCCUCCCUCCCUCCCUCCCUCCCUCCCUCAGAGCCCAAUGUCUCUGUUGGCAGAUGACAUCACCACCUCGCAGGACACCCCCCCUGCAGAAUGCGUUGACCUGUCCUUCCUGGAAGAGGCUCUGCUGGGGGGGUCCCCCGAGGGAGGGGGGGAGAGAAGAGGGGCGAGAGAGGAAGAGCAGGAGGAAGUACCGCCCUGUGACAUCCUCCAGCAGAGUCUUCAGGAGGCUGACAUCACAGAGCACACCAUGGCUCUGGAGGCGGGGCUCGUCCAACCAGGGCCUGGGGAGGGCCACACCCUGUCUCUCUACACACCUGGCCCCCCACUCCUCCCUCCUCCCGCUGCCGUGCCGUUCCUCUCCAAAGCCUUCCCCCACCCCUACCCUGGCCCCCCCCACCCCUACCCUGGCCCCCCCACCCUGCCUCCCAUGCACAGGGACACCCAGGCUGCGGUGGAGCCUCCCCAGCCCUCCCUGCUGGCCGUGGGACCAGGCUGCCCCUCUCUGAAGCCUGCCGCUCCCCAGAUGAUGGGCCUUCUCCCUGGGAACAUCUUCCCCGCACCUCCCCCAGAGACCUCCUUCUCCCUGACCCCUGCCCAGGCCUCCAACACCUCCUUUUCCCUCAUCCAUAAGGCAGUUCCUAGCCUGACAGGGCUGAAAGGGCCCCCCCUACUGGCCUCAACCCUCAGAGCGGCUGCAGCUCCCGGUAUCUUUCUCCAGAGAGGGCCCCUGCCCAUCCAGCCCAAGCUGCCUAUCAACAUCCAACCCCGACUGGUUCAGAUCAGCCCCAAGCCUCCUGGCCCUGGUGGUCCUAGUCAGAAACCCUCUCCAGGUCUCACCUUCCUCCCUGGGACGCCCUCGUCAAAUAUCCUCUUGUCCCCUCCUCCUCCAGGCUCCAAGCCUCCUCCCCAGCCGCAGCCUGCCCAACACCUCACCUCCCGCCACCUCACUGCCCCCCACCUCACUGCCCCCCACCUCACUGCCCCCCACCUUACCAAACCCCAGCCCCUCAGCCUGCAGCUGGUCAACCAGGGAGGAGGCUCCUUCCUGAUCCAGCCUCAGGGUCUCUUCCAUGGCCAGAAUCAGUUCCUCCUGCCCGGCCAAUCCCCUGUCACCCUGUCCCAGCUGCCCGGCCAAUCCCCUGUCACCCUGUCCCAGCCUGGCGGUGCAGCGCGGCCCCUGUUCACCUCCGGCCACCAGGGAGCAACAGUCCAGUCUGUCCAGGGUAUGACACCCUCCAUCGGCCACCACCUGGUAGACGGGUCCCAGAUCCUGACGGCCGUGCCCCACCACAGACAGCUCAACUUCAGCCCCCACACAGUCUUCAGCACCACCCCAACAGGCCAGCUCUCCCUCCGCCAGGGGACCCUGCUCUCUGGCCCCCUGCAGCUGCAGUCGGGGUCCCCUGCUCUCUUCCAGAUGCCGGCCCAGUUGGCGGGGGCCUACAGCCCCCAGGGGCCCCAGGGGCAGGGGGGUCCAGGGCAGCAUGCCACCCUGCUCCACAGCCCUGCUCUGGGGAACCACAUCACCCUGAUGCAGUGAGUGUGACCACACAGAGAUAGAGUCUGCAUCCCAAAUAGCACCCUAUUCCCUACAGGGCCUAGUGAAAGUCUACACACCCCUUGCACAGUUGUCACAUUUUGCUGCCUUAAAAUAUAAUCUAAAAAGGGAUUCAAUAUAAUUUUUUCCUACUGAUCUACACACAACCGGCUCCACAUUUUUCAAAGUAAAAUAAAAAGUAUCUAAAUAAAUUAACACAAAAUAAAAAACGAAGAUAUCUUGAUUGCGUAUGUCUUCACACCCCAGAGUUAAUACUUGGUGGAAGCAUCUUUGGCAGCCAUUACAGCUGGGAAUCAUUUUGAAUACGAUUCCACCAACUCUGCACAACGCUUAGGGCAACAAAUAUCCAUAGUUUUUUUGCCAAAAUUACUCAAGCACAGUAAAUCUGGUUGGGAAUCAUUGAUGGACAGCAAUAUUCAAACCUUGUCUCUGUUUUUCAAGCUGAUUUAAGUCAGGACUGUGUACCACUCAACACCUCUUGGAAAGCCAUUCUGGUGUGUCUUAAGCAUGAACAUUUGUGUAAUUGUCCUGCUGAAAAGUAAAACUCUAUCCCAGGGUUAGGUAUUCAGAAGACUGAGGCAGGUUUUCCUCUUAACGUUUUACCUGAGCGUUGUUCCUUUCAUAUGUAUUUUGAUCCUGACAAAUUCCCCAGUCCCUGCUGGUGACAAGCAUACCCAAAACAUGAUGCUGCCACCACAAUACUUGACAAUAUAGAGGGUUUCACAACAUUGCAUUCACUCCACAUUACUGUCCUGUACGACAAAGUGAAAAGAAGGUAGCCAGUGUUAAAAAAAUAUAUUUCAAAUCAUCCACUAUGUUUGCAACAAGGCCCUUAAGUAAUACCCCAAAACAACAUGGCAAAGUAAUUAACUUUAUGGCUUAAAUUAAAAACCUCAAGUUCCCUUUCAGUCAGUCAAUUUCGGUACAACAUACUAUGGGGAUAGCACUCUCGCGACUUCGGUUGAAGGAUCUACAAUCACGCCUGACAAGGCAAAUUAAAUCUGCACCUCGCUGGAACCCCCACCUUCCACAGGUGAUAAGCGUGAGGCUCGGAUUCAUUCCUUCAAUUAUUCUACUCUUCACCUCGGCGUGAACAGGAACGAUUCACGCUACUGAAAUAAACAAUUGGAACAGGAGACUGUGUUACGUUCCGCCAACUAAACUGUCCAUUAGUGGUAGAGCGUGCUCACCCCCUAAACAUUGAAGUUUGUAUGGCUGUCAUAAGAUUCCUAAUCACAUUUUUAUUUUAAUAAAAUAAAUGGACCCAUCCACCUCUUCGGAGGACCAAAAUAAACUUUGUUUUUACAGCUGUCGCAGCCGGGCCGCGACCGGGAGACCCAUGGGGCGGCGCACAAUUGGCUUAGACUAAUCAGUUCGUGUUCAGAACUAGCGGACGGCUGGCACUGUUCCCUUAGUCCGCUAGCUAGUCCUGCCUCCCCGCGGUGGAGUUCCUUGGGUAGAAUUCUUGUUUAGUACACGUAGCGUUAAGUGGCUUGGCUAUUCUAAACGGACCGUGCUGCGGUCAAAGAGGAUAGCUAGCCCAGCUGAUGCUAAAGAGCCUCCUGGCUAACGUCACUUCCAGUGAAUGAAGCUUACUAGCCUUCCCCCGUCGUUAUGGCAACCCCAUUCCUAUUUUCAAUUCCUGGAGUUGGAGGCGAGUAGAGAGAGCGGGGCCGGCGUGCUCCUCCGAUGAGGAAGCAGCACCCAAGCAGCUGGCACGGGUAACCCCGGAGCGAGGGGCCUUAGCACGGGUCUGAGCGACCAGUGCGCCCUCUGUGCCCAUACGGGGUUGGGCUUCAUGCAGGCUAUACAGUCUCACGGAAGCACAACACGUGUUGGAAGCUUGUCCAUGUUUAAUGCCCCUCUGGUACCCUGCGUUCCAUGGUGUUCAAGGGGUAUAUCAAUCUCUUAAAUUGGCUGAUUCACUCUCUGUCCACAAGGGGGCUCCCCUCCCCCAUAGAUGGUUCAUUACUCGGAUUCAUUGCUGAUUCCUGACUGUAGCUCACUAUGAGGUGUCUAGUGAUAGGUGGUGUCUAGUGAUAGGUGGUGUCUAGUGAUAGCUGGUGUCUAGUGAUAGGUGGUGUCUAGUGAUAGGUGGUGUCUAGUGAUAGCUGGUGUUGAUAGGUGGUGUCUAGUGAUAGCUGGUGUCUAGUGAUAGGUGGUGUCUAGUGAUAGGUGGUGUCUAGUGAUAGGUGGUGUCUAGUGAUAGGUGGUGUCUAGUGAUAGGUGGUGUCUAGUGAUAGGUGGUGUCUAGUGAUAGGUGGUGUCUAGUGAUAGGUGGUGUCUAGUGACAGCUGGUGUCUAGUGAUAGGUGGUGUCUAGUGAUAGGUGGUGUCUAGUGAUAGGUGGUGUCUAGUGAUACAGGUUCCCUUUCAGUUGGUCACCUGGUAUAACAUAUUCACCUGAAGAAAAAACUGAAAUCACGCCGAAAGGGGCAAUGGAUGCUGAGCCCACCCUCGGAAGCCCCGCCUUUCUGGCUAUAAUAACGGGGCUCGCAUUAAUUUCCUAAAUGUUUCGCUCUUCAGCUCGCCUGAAGGAAGAACGUGUCACACAAUUUAUAAACUUUCCAAGCACACACGAAGACUACGAGAUCCGGCUCCGACUUAGGUGUCUGUUAGUGGGGAGAGAGUACUCGCCCCCCUAGAUGUUGUGGGUUUUGGAUCUUGGAAUCGGUUUUUGUGUUUGCUAAAAACCCACUACUUUCUGCUCUGCUUGUGUAGCCAGUGCUUUCUUGCUUGAGGAAGAUGGCCAGUGGUAAGAGUAAGUUAGAAAAAGGCUAACCAGCUGAGUUUGAACCUCCGACCGUGCCCUAGGGCGUGUGGUUUCACAAUGAAGAUUAAAGAUACUCACGAUUGCUGUCAUGUUUGCCUGGUGUGGAAACACAAGGCUUUGGACCAGUUCCAUCUGGGUUCAACUUCCGUCGGGCGUCGGGCUGACUUUGUGAGAAAGAUUGGGGCUGCUGGCGAAGGGUCUUCCGGUGAAGCGACCUCGGGAAUGGGUUUGUCUGAGGCCGGGAGAGAGCAGCAGCGCUGGUCGGAGUUGAUAGGGGUGUCAUCCCAGCCGAGUGAGGCUCAUUCCGGUUUCUCUGGCAGUGUUCAGAGUCUGCAUUCCGGGGAUGAUAUACUAUCCCCUGGUUGGCUCUGGAGGGUUUUCAGAGUGUGAAUCGGCUGACAUCAGUCCGGGGUAGCCUAAAGCUCCGGCUUUGGAUUUAGCGGGGAAAGUGAACCAUUGGUUGUUAAUAUGCCUUUGAUGGAGCUGUGUCGUUGUGCGACAGAUCACCUGUGGAUGGAUUGGCCGUCUUCUUCUCUGCAGCGGAGUUCCUCCAGAUUUGGGGCCAGGUAUUUACCUCCUGUCCCUGCGGCGGUGAAGCAUCGCUUAUCCUUGUUUAAAGAUUUUGCAGAUGAGCUAAAGGUGACCUGGGAUUCCCCUCAUUCAGCCAGGUUGGUGCUGCCAGGUUAUGGUGAGUUCAUGAAUGUAGAGGGUAUGGAGGAGGCAGAGCUCAUUUGCACACCACUGAUAGAUAAAAAGCUGGCGAGUUACUUAGCUCAAGAGGCUAACAAGGGGGCUAAUCCUAGCACAGUGCUUUUGAAUAAACAGUCCUGGUUCUCGGCGGAUCAGCUGGACAAAGUGUACCAGGCUGAGGGUGUGGUUCCUGAGAGGGACAGGCGGAUGUGUUUGGAUAAGCCAGUUUCGCCAACAAGGUUGUUUGGCUCAGCUAUGGAGUCCUUACAGGCCCGUUUCGAGGAGAAACAAAAACAGGACGCAGUUCCCUUUCCCACCAAAAUCCUUCCCAGGGAGCGGCUCGGCAAGAAGUAAAGGGUCCAGACCAGAGGCGGGUUGCCCCGGGUCAGGAGGUAGCUUCAAGGUCGGUUUUUGACCGGCUUGGUGCUUCUGGGCAGGGGCGGACGUGUUGGCACAAAUGACGUGCUGGGUCGAAAAGGGAGAGGGGUGAAAGCUGAUUCUUCCGUAGUGCGGGGGAAGGAUCAGACAUCGCGACCCUAGCUGGAGGUCGGGAGACGGGGCGUGUUCUCUGGGGCCUCCUCCCGAAGCUUUUACUGUGGCAACAGUGCUCCCAAGUGGCUCGGUCAAUAGGGACACGUUUCUGGUUGCCGAAGUCCUGUACUGACCCAUAUUCAGUCUCUAGGCUUCAUAAGAAACCAGAAAAAGAGCUCAGCGCAUUCCGUUUUUGGGGUCUCGAGCAAGACUCACUCGCGUAUCGCUUUGCUUAGCCAAAUUUCAUCUGGGGCACACAGUGCAUUUUUUGCCAGUGCCUACGCCUACUGGGGAUGACGCUUUCUGUGAUGGAAGUCGUUCCCCUGGGGCUAUUGUUCCUGCGCUGAGUGCUAGCCACUCACCUAGAUGCAUCUCGCAGCCUAAGCCGGUCGCUUCGGGCGUCCCUGUCAGGCCUACGGGCCCUGGCCCAGUGGUGGGACCCUCUGCUAUUGUCAGGGGGCACCCAUGUGCUGAGUGUAUCCCACAGUGUGAUCACGACAGACGCGUCCCCCCGAGGGUGGGGUGCGCUGUACGAAGGCAACUCGAUUCAGGGUGGUAUGGACACUGGUGCGGCGCGCACUGCACACCAAUUACCCGGAGCUCCUUACUGUGUAUCUGGCGCUCAGGCGCUUCCCCCUGCUUUUGUUGGGCCGGCUUGUGCUGGUCAGAACCGACAAUAUGUCAGUGAUGGGGAGAGACUCUGUCUCUCUCCCUCCUAACCUUGGCUCGCUCCCUAUUGCUGGGGAGCAGUGCGCACAUGCUCUCUCUUUGGGCGACGCAUGUCCGCGGUUGUCUCAAUUUGGAUGCAGAUCUUUUAUCCAGGUGGGACCCUCUCUCUCAGGAGUGGAGGCUACACCAACAGUGGCCUUGGACCCUCUUUUACGUGUUUCCGCCAAUGGUUCAGAUUCAGCCCACAUUGGAGAGAGUACGCCGGGAGGGCUUACCAUUGAUUCUUGUGGCUCCCCGUUGGCCCAGGCAGCCUUGGUUCGCGGAGAUCGUUCGCCUUCUAGACGGGGACCCGUGGAAACUCCCGUUGCGCAGGGACCUGUUGUCCCAGGUGCACAGGAAGGCUUGGCAAGCGAGACUGGAGAUUUGCUUCACAUGGGCCUGGCCCCUGAGAGGGCCAAUCUGAUAGCUAGAGGUUUACCUUCCGAAUGUUAUUGCCACCGUUCAGUCUGCAAGGGCGGCCUCCACGAGAGGGCUGUAUGCGUAUGUGGCAAGUGUUUGAGCUCUGGUGCCAAGAUAAAGGUCUUGUUCCUUUUCAGUGCUCUGUGAGGGACAUCCUUAUGGUCCUACAGGAGCUUUUGGAGCAGGGGGUGGGCAUUCUCUACGUUAAACGCGUACAUGGCCGCUAUCAGCGUGUCAUGUGGGAACUGAUUGAGCCUCCGGGACCCCACCCCCUGGUUGCUGAAAGGUCUCAGACCUGUCUCUAAACCUAUUGCGCCCACUUUGGGACUUGGCGCUAGUUAUGGAGGCACUGCGGGUGGCUCCAUUUGAGCCUCUGAAGAUCCUACAAAACCUCCCCCGUCUUCAUUUUUUAAAAAUUCAUUUACAAAAUGUUCUAUACUUUUUCUUUUACUUUGAAAAAUGUGGAGCCGGUUGUGUAGAUCAGUAGGAAAACGAUUCUAUUGAAUCCCCUUUUAGAUUACAUUCUAAGGCAGCAAAAUGUGACAACUGUGCAAGGGGUGUGUAGACAUUCAAAUGAACCCUAUGAGCCCUGGUCUAAAGUAGUGCACUAUAUAAGGAAUAUGGUGCCAUUCUCUGGUCUAAAGUAGUGCACUAUAUAGGGAAUAGGGUGCCAUUCUCUGGUCUAAAGUAUGCACUAUAUAGGGAAUAGGGUUUCCAUUCUCUGGUCUAAAGUAGUGGCACUAUAUAUGGGAAUAGGGUGUCCAUUCCUGGUCCUAAAGUAGUGCACUAUAUAGGGAAUAGGGUGCCAUUCUUCUGGUCUAAAAGUAUUGCACUAUAUAGGGAAUAGGGUUCCCAUUCCUGGUUCUAAGUUAGUGCACUAUAUAGGGAAUAAGGGGCCACUCUCUGGUCCUAAAGUAAGUGCACCACUAUAGGGAAUAGGUGCCAUUUGCUCGGGCAUCUAAAGUAGUGCACUAUAUAAGGGAAAUAGGGGGGGCCAUUCGCUGGUUCUAAAGUGGUGCACUAUAUACGGUAAUAGGGUGCCAUUCCUGGUCUAAAGUAGUGCCACCUAUAUAUGGUCUAGUAGUGCACUAGUUAUGGAUAGGCAUCUGGUCUAAGUAGUGCACUAUUAGAUAGGGGGCCUUCCUGGUCAAGUGUGCCUAUAUAGGAAAGGGGCCAUUCUCCUGGUCUAAGUGUGCAUAUAUAGAAAGGUUCAUCUGUCUAAAGUAGUGCACUAUAUAGGAUAGGCCAUUCUCUGUCUAAGUUGUGACUAAUAGGAUAGGGGCCGUUUUGUCUAAUCAGUAGGACAAUAGGAAAGGCUUCUAUGUCUAAAGUGUGCACCUUAUAGGAAUGGGUUCCAUUCUGGUCUAAAGAGUCACAUAAUGUGGAAUAGGGCAUCUUGGUCUAAAUAUGCACUAUAUGAAUAUGGGCCAUUCUCUGGUCUAAAGUAGUGCACUAUAUAGGAGAUAGGUGUCCAUUCUCUGGUCUAAAGUAGUGCACUAUAUAGGGAAUAGGGUGCCAUUCUCUGGUCUAAAGUAGUGCACUAUAUAGGGAAUAGGGUUCCAUUCUCUGGUCUAAAGUAGUGCACUAUAUAGGGAAUAGGGUUCCAUUCUCUGGUCUAAAGUAGUGCACUAUAUAGGGAAUAGGGUGCCAUUCUCUGGUCUAAAGUAGUGCACUAUAUAGGGAAUAGGGUCCAUUCUCUGGUCUAAAGUAGUGCACUAUAUAGGGAAUAGGGGGCCAUUCUCUGGUCUAAAGUGUGCACUAUAUAGGGAAUAGGGUGCCAUUCUCUGGUCUAAAGUAGUGCACUAUAUAGGGAAUAGGGGGCCAUUCUCUGGUCUAAAGUAGUGCACUAUAUAGGGAAUAGGGUGCCAUUCUCUGGUCUAAAGUAGUGCACUAUAUAGGGAAUAGGGUGCCAUUCUCUGGUCUAAAGUAGUGCACUAUAUAGGGAAUAGGGGGCCAUUCUCUGGUCUAAAGUAGUGCACUAUAUAGGGAAUAGGGUUCCAUUCUCUGGUCUAAAGUAGUGCACUAUAUAGGGAAUAGGGGGCCAUUCUCUGGUCUAAAGUAGUGCACUAUAUAGGGAAUAGGGUUCCAUUCUCUGGUCUAAAGUAGUGCACUAUAUAGGGAAUAGGGGGCCAUUCUCUGGUCUAAAGUAGUGUACUAUAUAGGGAAUAGGGUGUCAUUCUCUGGUCUAAAGUAGUGCACUAUAUAGGGAAUAGGGUGCCAUUCUCUGGUCUAAAGUAGUGCACUAUAUAGGGUGCCAUUUGGGACGCAACCAGAGAAUUUAUACGAAAUUAUCAUACAACAAAUAUAACAACACUACUACUACUACCCUUUCAGUCUCCCUCACCCACUCCUUUCACUCUGUCUCCCUCAACAGCUCUGGGAUGCAGCUCACCUCAACCCACCCAGACAGUCACAUGACCUCCAUUUCCAUCCUCAACAGCACCCCUCCUGCUGUAGUACAGGGCCUGCCCUUCACCCCCCAGACUUCCAGACCCCUAGGGGGCACUACAGAGGGACAGAUCAGUGUUCAGCAGGCGUCUGUAGUGUUGCUGCCUGACAGAGCUGGCCAUAAAGAGAGGAGGGAGGAAGCGACGUCCCCACAUCUGCCUCAGGUGAGAAGUCAACACGGAUUGAUUGACUGAUUGAUUGAUUGAUUGAUUGAUUGAUUGAUUGAUUGAUUGGUUGGCUGGUAGAUUGAUUGAGUACAUGAUUGGGUAAUUGAUUGGUGCUCGGUUAAUUUAGUUAAUUUAUUCGUUAAUUGAUUGGUUGAUUGAUUGAACCUCCUAAGUCAAAUGCUAGGUCGGUCUAGCAAACUAGCAAAACAAAUGUACAGCAGAACAGUCUCUAUUCAGUUUGUUGUUCCCCUCCUCAGUCGACAAGGCACCUUCUCCAGCAGCAUGCCUCUCUCCAACCCUCCACCGCCAGUCUCCAGUCCCCUUCUCCCCCUGUAGUGGCCCUCCUACAGACCCCGCUGGAGGCCCCACAGGCCCUGGAUCCACCUGGUAUGCUACCCAAACACCUGCUGGACCCAGUUGGGUCGUUACCCAAACACCUGCUGGACCCAGUUGGGUCGUUACCCAAACACCUGCUGGACCCAGUUGGGUCGUUACCCAAACACCUGCUGGACCCAGUUGGGUCGUUACCCAAACCCCUGCUGGACCCAGUUGGGUCGUUACCCAAACACCUGCUGUACCCAGUUGGGUCGUUACCCAAACACCUGCUGUACCCAGUUGGGUCGUUACCCAAACACCUGCUGGACCCAGUUGGGACGUCACACAAACACCGACUGCCCCAGACGGAGACAGGGACAAAACCAGGGGUGGAGGAGGAGGUUCACAGCCCCAUCACUCACAUCCAGACCCAGGCCUUCAUCCAUCAUCUACAACAGGUCAACCAGCCUAUAUGCUCUCUUAUCUUUUCUGUUUAUUGACUUAAAGGGGCAGUCUGCAGUUGGUACAUCCAUUUUUGGCCAUAUAAAUUAACGAUAUGUACCCAUUGAUUCUUGAAGAAUCUAACGUAUAAAUGCCUCAUGAGUUUAGUUCAACUGUCGCAACCAAAAUAGAAGCUUGUUUUACUCUGUUUGUAAAUAAUGUACAUGUAAACCAACAUUGUAUAGCCUCAACAUGGUUCAAACUAUCAUCUUGAUAUCAUGGAUGGUCAGUCCUUGCAUCCACAGGUUUGUCUAUGAAUUUCAGAGUGUUUACAUUUCUCCAGCCCCAUCCCUCAGUUUUUUACCGAAACAGGGGCGGGAUUUGAACUGCUGAUUGUCGCUUUAAAGGUUUAUUGAUUAAACGUUGAAGAUAUUGUCUUUACAUAACAUAACCUUAUUGUUUUCUUUCAUCUCACCAUAGCAAGCCCCUCCUCAUCCCUCCCCACCACCUGAGGACCUUGCUGGGACUGUGGUGGUGUUGGUGGAGGACAACACUGUCUCCGCUGUUGCCAGUGAGAUGGAGGAGGCCCCUCCACCCAUCCCUCCCCAUCCCUCCCCACCACCUGAGGACCUGGCUGGGACUGUCUCCGCUGUUUCCAGUGAGAUGGAGGAGGCCCCUCCACCCAUCCAGCCAGCAGUUCUAGGACAGGCAGGAGCCCAGUCCGUGAUGCCCCUCAGCCGCUGUGUGUUGGUGGCCUAUACAGUUCCACUACUCCCAGAGACAGAGGAGACCACCCUGCCAGGCCACUCUCCUACCCUGCUAUGCCAAUCUCCUACCCUGCUAUGCCAAUCUCCUACCCUGCUAUGCCAAUCUCCACCUGAGCAGGGUUUAGGGACCACACCCCCAGCUGGGCAGGGCUUAGGGACCACACCCCCGGCUGGGCAGGGCUUAGGGACCACCCCCCCGAAUGGGCAGGGCUUAGGGACCACACCCCCGAAUGGGCAGGGCUUAGGGACCACACCCCCAGCUAGGCAGGGCUUAGGGACCACACCCCCGAAUGGGCAGGGCUUAGGGACCACACCCCCAGCUAGGCAGGGUUUAGGGACCACACCCCCGAAUGGGCAGGGCUUGGUGAGCACACCCCCAGCUGGGCAGGGCUUAGGGACCACACCUACACCUGGGCAGACCUUAGGGUCCACACCCCCACGAGACAGUUUCUCCUCCCCACCAAGUGGGGCCACCUCCCUGGGACUGGCUGGGCCUGGCUCUGGGUCUGCUGGAAGUGCCGUCCCUCAAACCCAGACUGCAGUUUUCAGAAGCCCCUCCCCUCUGCCUGUCAGCGCCUCCCACCAGCUCCAGUCUGCAAUGUUUAGAAGCCCCUCCCCUCUGCCUGUCAGCCGCUCCCCCCUGGCUGUCGGCCCCUACCCCCAGCUCCAGACUGCAGUGUUCAGCAACCCCAGCCCCUCGCCUCUACCUGUCUGCGUGCCUCAGCAGCAGUGUGACACCCUCCUAGUAUCUCCCAGCUCCAGUGGAGAGGUUGACCAGGCUAACCAGCACCAUGCUGUGCAACAGCACACAAAGCAAAGCAGUGAGUCUGACCACACAGAGACAGACGUCGCAUCCCAAAUGGCACCCUAUUCCCUAUAUAGUGCACUACUUUUGACCAGAGUUCGAUGGGCCCUAUAGUGCACUAUAUAGGGAAUAGGGUGCCAUUUGGGACACAAACAGAGUAUUAAUACAAAUCAUCAUGCAACAAUUCUAAAAAUGCUACUCCCUUUCACAGUCUUCCUAACCCAUUCCUUUCACUCUGUCUCCCUCCCACAUCAUCACCAACACCAUCACCACCAUUACCACUAUCAUCACCAUCACGAUCAUCACCAUCAUCACCAUCACCACAAAUACCAUCACCAUCACCAUCAUCACCAUCACCAUCACUAUCAUAACCAUCAUCACCAUCACCACCAUCACCAAUACCAUCAUCACCAUCACCAUCACUAUCAUCACCACCAUCACCACCAUCAUCACCAUCACCAUCACCACCACCAUCACCACCAUCACCAUCACCAUCAUCACCAAUACCAUCAUCACCAUCACCAUCAUCACCAUCACCACCAUCAUCAACCAUCACCACCAUCAUCAUCUUCUGUAUUAUAAUGCUCAGAACCGCCAGCUGCCUUGGCCAUGGAUGUGAAGGGCAAAGCCUUUACUCUUGAUGUCCAUCCACCUUCUCCCAGACCCCAGGGCCACCAGGGGCCACCAGUCCAGGGGCCCAACACAGUCCAGGGGCCCCAACACAGUCCAGGGGCCCCAAGCCAACAGAGAGCAGAACCAGUGGCUCAGAGCAGUUCAGACAGCCCAACAGUCAAAGACAAAGGUGAGAAACAGCAAGUUUGCAUCUGAAAUGGCACCCUAUCCCCUAUAUAGUGCACUACUUUUGACCAGAGCGUGAUGGGCCCUAUAGGCUCUGUUCAAAAGAAGUGCACUAAAUAGGGAAUACGGUGCCAUUUCAGAUUCUAGGCCCUUCAUCCAGCAUAUUUGUCUGAAACAACUAUACUCUUCAUUCUACUCAGAUUCUGAAACAACUAUACUCUUCAUUCUACUCAGAUUCUGAAACAACUAUACUCUUCAUUCUACUCAGAUUCUGAAACAACUAUACUCUUCAUUCUACUCAGAUUCUGAAACAACUAUACUCUUCAUUCUACUCAGAUUCUGAAACAACUACAGUGAGGGAAAAAAGUAUUUGAUCCCCUGCUGAUUUUGUACGUUUGCCCACUGACAAAGAAAUGAUCAGUCUAUAAUUUUAAUGGUAGGUUUAUUUGUACAGUGAGAGACAGAAUAACAACAACAAAAAAUCCAGAAAAACGCAUGUCAAAAAUCUUAUAAAUUGAUUUGCAUUUUCAUGAGGGAAAUAAGUAUUUGACCCCCUCUCAAUCAGAAAGAUUUCUGGCUCCCAGGUGUCUUUUAUACAGGUAACGAGCUGAGAUUAGGAGCACACACUUAAAGGGAGUGCUCCUAAUCUCAGCUUGUUACCUGUAUAAAAGACACCUGUCCACAGAAGCAAUCAAUCAAUCAGAUUCCAAACUCUCCACCAUCGCCAAGACCAAAGAGCUCUCCAAGGAUGUCAGGGACAAUAUUGUAGACCUACACAAGGCUGGAAUGGGCUACAAGACCAUCGCCAAGCAGCUUGGUGAGAAGGUGACAACAGUUGGUGCGAUUAUUCGCAAAUGGAAGAAACACAAAAGAACUGUCAAUCUCCCUCGGCCUGGGGCUCCAUGCAAGAUCUCACCUCGUGGAGUUGCAAUGAUCAUGAGAACGGUGAGGAAUCAGCCCAGAACUACAAGGGAGGAUCUUGUCAAUGAUCUCAAGGCAGCUGGGACCAUAGUCACCAAGAAAACAAUUGGUAACGCACUACGCCGUGAAGGACUGAAAUCCUGCAGCGCCUGCAAGGUCAAGAAAGCACAUAUACAGGCCCGUCUGAAGUUUGCCAAUGAACAUCUGAAUGAUUCAGUGGAGAACUGGUUGAAAGUGUUGUGGUCAGAUGAGACCAAAAUCGAGCUCUUUGGCAUCAACUCAACUCGCCAUGUUUGGAGGAGGAGGAAUGCUGCCUAUGACCCCUAGAACACCAUCCCCACCGUCAAACAUGGAGGUGGAAACAUUAUGCUUUGGGGGUGUUUUUCUGCUAAGGGGACAGGACAACUUCACCGCAUCAAAGGGACGAUGGACGGGGCCAUGUACCGUCAAAUCUUGGGUGAGAACCUCCUUCCCUCAGCCAGGGCAUUGAAAUGGGUCGUGGAUGGGUGUUCCAGCAUGACAAUGACCCAAAGCACAUGGCCAAGGCAACAAAGGAGUGGCUCAAGAAGAAGCACAUUAAGGUCCUGGAGUGGCCUAGCCAGUCUCCAGACCUUAAUCGCAUAGAAUAUCUGUGGAGGGAGCUGAAGGUUUGAGUUGCCAAACGUCAGCCUCGAAACCUUAAUGACUUGGAGAAGAUCUGCAAAGAGGAGUGGGACAAAAUCCCUCCUGAGAUUUGUGUAAACCUGGUGGCCAACUACAAGAAACGUCUGACCUCUGUGAUUGCCAACAAGGGUUUUGCCACCAAGUACUAAGUCAUGUUUUGCAGAGGGGUCAAAUAAUUAUUUCCCUCAUUAAAAUGCAAAUCAAUGUAUAACAUUUUUGACAUGCGUUUUUCUGGAUUUCUUUGUUGUUAUUCUGUCUCUCACUGUUCAAAUAAACCUACCAUUAAAAUUAUAGACUGAUCAUGUCUUUGUCAGUGGGCAAACGUACAAAAUCAGCAGGGGAUCAAAUACUUUUUUCCCUCACUGUAUACUCUUCAUUCUACUCAGAUUCUGAAACAACUAUACUCUUCAUUCUACUCAGAUUCUGAAACAACUAUACUCUUCAUUCUACUCAGAUUCUGAAACAACUAUACUCUUCAUUCUACUCAGAUUCUUCAAUCUCCAGUAAACCUAAGGUCAUAUGUCAUCCAUACCAGGUGGCCGGUCCUGUGGCGAGGGAGGUAGAACAGAGACUGACUGAGGCGACGUGCAGGCACAGGUGAGAAGCAGGACACGUCGGGUGUUGAUGACGUCUGUAUUGUAUGAUGAUGAGGUGCAGUUCCAAAAGGUGUCUGAGUUGUGAAAGACGGACAGAGACCUGCACACUGUUGGACGCCCCUGCCGUUUUAUUGUGCAACAGUUCGACCUUAAAAAAAGAGAUCGUUCGGGAUAUCUACUUUCCCCAGAGUCAGAUGAACUCCUAGCAUGCUAGCUGUUCCUGUAGACUUCCAGUCGUUGCGCUAACGCUAGUUAGCAUUUGCUCGUGAAACUACCUGUAACUUCCUUCAUACUGGAUGCAGAGACAUACAAAUGGUAUCCACAAGUUCAUCUGACUCUGGGGAGGUAGAUAAACGGCCAACUAUCCCUUUUGAAAACGUCAGGAGUAUUCACCAGGAGUAUUCACCAGGAGUAUUCACCAGGAGUAUUCACCAGGAGUGUUCACCAGGAGUAUUCACCAGGAGUAUUCACCAGAGUGCGGGUAUCUAUCCUAUCGUGACUUUACGUGUUGAACCCUAAAACUAGUGUCUGUGAUGUCAUCCUCAGGCUCCAACAGAAGCUGUGUCAGAACCAGGGGCCGGUCCAGAUCCCCUACGUCUGUUCCCCCUUCUCCUCAUUGGGGGAGGCUGUGACACACCUGUUGCCAUACCACGCCUGUGCCGGACACCUGCCUAGUCAGGACGACUUCAACUUAGGUCAGAACACUGGUUUUAAUUCACUCUGUAGAGACUGUCAGUGCACUCAUAGGGAAGGGUUCUGCGUGGAACCCGAAAGGGUUUUAACUGGAACUCAAAAGGGUUCCUCAAAAAGUUAUAAUAAUAAUAAUAAUAAUAAUAAUAAUAAAUAAUAAUCCCAUGGGGCCAGCCGAACAACCCUAGAAUGUUCUAGAUAUACCCUUUUUUUCUUCUUCUUUUCUUAAGAACGUAGUAAAGGCAGGGGCUUGAUGGGAAAUGUAGUUCCACACGCCAUUAUCAGUAUCUUUGUGUAUCUGUACUCUGUACGUAGGGUUAUUGACAUGCGUCCCGUCUCUCUCCAGUGGACGAGCAGUUUGUCACUGUGUCAAGGUUCCUACUGAAACGCUCCAAGGACAUGCUCAACAAAUACAGACAGCUGCUGCUGGGAGAGACACUGGUAUGACGCAGUCCACUGUUCCCACACGUCACGAUCCCACGUCUUUUCCUUCUACAUUCUCCAUUAAAUCAUAUCACAAAAAAUGGCUUUGCUAAAGUUCUCAUUUGUUUUACUCUUUAUAUUUUAUGCUUUUAUGGAUGGAAAUUCCUCUGACCAUUCCAAGUUUUGGAAUUCCUCAAGGCUUAGGAGCACCACUCUUUCUCAAUUUUAAAUGCUACUGCUUGGUGAUGCUAUUCGGAUACACAGCGUCAAUUUUUUACUGAUACACAGACAAUGCAAAGCUGCUGAUGCAGGCUUAAUAAGUACAUGUGUUUUGGUCGUGUUUCAGAUUAUUUUGUGCCCAAUAGAAAUGUAAUGGUAAAUAAUGUAUUGUGUCAUUUUGGAGUCACUUUUAUUGUAGAUAAGAAUAUAAUAUGUUUCUAAACACUUCUACAUUAAAUGUGGAUGCUACCAUGAUUACGGAUAGUCCUGAAUGAAACGUGAAUAAUGAUGAGUGAGAAAGUUACAGACGCACAAAUAUCAUAUCCCCAAGACAUGCUAACCUCUCACCAUUACAAUAACAGGUGAGGUGGGUAUGAUAUUUGUGCAUCUGUAACUUUCUCACUCAUCAUUAUUCACAAUUCAUUCAGGACUAUCCGUAACCAUGGUAGCAUCCCAGAUUAAUGUAGAAGUGUUUAGAAACAUAUUCUAUUCUUAUUUACAAUUAAAGUGACUCCAAAAUGACACAAUACAUUAUUCCUAUUGGGCACAAAAUAAUCAAAAUAAUCUGAAACACAACCUAAACAAAUAGAAAAUGCAUCCCCCAAAAAUGUGUAGAGUCACAAGCUUGAUGUAAUCAUUGUGUGCUGUGAAUAUGGGAUCAAAUACUUAACUUUUUACUACACAUAUAAGUGAAUUAGGCCCAAUACUUUUGGUCCCCUAAAAUGGGGGGACUAUGUACAAAAAGUGCUAUAAUUUCUAAACGGUUUACCUGAUAUGGAUUUAAAUACCCUCACAUUAAAUCUGACAGUCUGCACUUUAACCUCAUAGUUUGAUUUCAAAUCCAAACUUUUGAAGUAUAGAGCCAAAAGAAGGAGAAAUGCUUCACUGUCCCAAUAAUUACUGAGGUCACUGUAUGUACCAAUGUCCCCGUGUAUCAAUGUGAACAGCAGGUGAUUCCGUCGGCAGAGAUGGUGAUGCUGGAUCGUCUGUUCCUCCAAUCAGAGAGGUUCUCCCUGGGGGAGGACCGGCGCAGGGCCCGUAGAGACCCAGGUUAGUACCGUGGGGAAGAUGCACUAUAUAUACAGCAGUAUGUGGACACCCCUUCAAAUUAGUGGAUUUGGCUAUUUGAGCCACACCCGUUGCUGACAGGUGUAUAAAAUCGAGCACACAGCCAUGCAAUCUCCACAGACAAACAUUGACAGUAGAAUGACCCUUACUGAAGAGCUCAGUGACUUUCAACGUGGCACCGUCAUAGGAUGUCACCUUUCCAACAAGUCAGUUCGUCAAAUUUUUGCCCUGCUAGAGCUGCCCCGGUCAACUGUAAGUGCUGUUAUUGUGAAGUGGAAACGUCUAGGAGCAACAACAGCUCAGCCACGAAGUGGUAGGCCAUACAAGCCUAAGAUCAUCAUAAGAUCGAAUCUGGGUUUGGUGGAUACCAGGAGAACACUACCUGCCCCAAUGCAUAGUGCCAACUGUAAAGUUUGGUGGAGGAGGAAUAAUGGUCUGGGGCUGUUUUUCAUGGUUCGGGCUAGGCCCCUUAGUUCCAGUGAAGGGAAAUCGUAACGCUACAGCAUACAAUGACAUUCUAGACGAUUCUGUGCUUCCAACUUUGUGGCAACAGUUUGGGGAAGGCCCUUUCCUGUUUCAGCAUGACAAUGCCCCCGUGCACAAAGCGAGGUCCAUACAGAAAUGGUUUGUCGAGAUCGGUGUGGAAGAACUUGACUGGCCUGCACAGGGCCCCGACCUCAACCCCAUUGAACAUCUUUGGGAUGAAUUGGAACACCGACUGUGAGCCGGUCCUAAUCGCCCAACAUCAGUGCCCGACCUCACUAAUGCUUUUGUGGCUGAACGGAAGCAAGUCCCUGCAGCAAUGUUCCAACAUCUAGUGGAAAGCCUUCCCAGAAGAGUGGAUGGAGGCUGUUAUAGCAGCAAAGGGGGGACCAACUCCAUAUUAAUGCCCACGAGCAGGUGUCCACAUACUUUUGAUCAUGUAGUGUAUCCACAGGUACAGGUCACCUAUCUACUGGGCUAAAAGUGAAGCACUUUGGUGGUUUAGUGGACGUUUAACCAGAAACGUACUUUUAAUGUUGGUGCGGUCUUUCUUUGAAGUUAAAUGAGCUCUUCUGUGAACAUAGUCAGUCAGUGUUAUGGAAUGCACCGGUAUGUAAAGUUCUCUCCCCUUGUACCUUAUGCUUGGAUCUUCCACAGAGUCCUUCCUGAUGGCCCUGCAUGCAUCGGAGUCCUCCAGCUCAUCCCGUGUGGGGCUGGGUCAGUCCGGCAGCCCCCCCUCCCCCCCAGCUUGGACCAGACUCUCCGACCGACCCCCGGGACUCAGGACCUACCACUCCUCCAGCCGCGGAGGCCUCAAGCUCACCAUCAAACACAAGGCUGGAUCCAGGAUGGUGGUUCACAACUCAGCCUGUGACACCAUGCAAUCCACUGCCCCAUCUGGUCACAAGCGGUACUACACCGGCCAGCUGACCAAUGGGAGUGGUGAUCUGACUGAGCAAAACCUGCAGGGCUCCUCCCAUAGGACCUCCUGCCAUCCAAUCAGUGAGGAGAUGUCAAACGGAGCCCUGCCCUCCAAAGCAGUAGAGGACGUCCCACAUGGUGACAGCAGGGAAUCUGUAGCACAGAUUCAGACAGCAGUACUGGGUUCACAAUAUGUAAGUUCCCCAAACUCCAUUACUAUGCCGAGCUUAGACCCACAGACUGCCUGCCUAGAGCUUCCCCCUCAAGACCCUGGAGAGGUGAGUGCCCCCAAACUGAAACGCUUCAGGCCCACGCUUCCGGACCUCCCUUCCCAGGCGGACAGGCACAGCUACAGACCCCAGCCCCGUCCCCAGACCAGCUACAGGCCCCAGCCCCUUCCCCAGACCAGCGACAGGCUUCAGCCUCUUCCCCAGACCAGCAACAGGGCCGAGCCCCUUCCCCAGAUCAGCUACAGACCCCAGCCCCGUCCCCAGACCAGCGACAGACCCCAGCCUCUUCCCCAGACCAGCAACAGGGCCGAGCCCCUUCCCCAGACCAGCUACAGACCCCAGACCCUUCCCCAGACCAGCUACAGACCCCAGCCCCGUCCCCAGACCAGCGACAGGCUUCAGCCUCUUCCCCAGACCAGCAACAGGGCCGAGCCCCUUCCCCAGACCAGCAACAGGGCCGAGCCCCUUCCCCAGACCAGCGACAGGCCCCAGACCCUUCCCCAGACCAGCUACAGACCCCAGCCCCGUCCCCAGACCAGCGACAGGCUUCAGCCUCUUCCCCAGACCAGCGACAGGCUUCAGCCUCUUCCCCAGACCAGCGACAGGGCCGAGCCCCUUCCCCAGACCAGCAACAGGGCCGAGCCCCUUCCCCAGACCAGCAACAGGGCCGAGCCCCUUCCCCAGACCAGCAACAGGGCCGAGCCCCUUCCCCAGACCAGCGACAGGCCCCAGACCCUUCCCCAGACCAGCUACAGACCCCAGCCCCUUCCCCAGACCAGCAACAGGGCCGAGCCCCUUCCCCAGACCAGCGACAGGGCCCAGGCUAGUCCCCGCCCCCCACCCCCCCUGCCAGAGGACAACACCCUCAGUGAACACCUGCAGAGUGCCAUCGACAGCAUCCUGGAGCUGCAGCGCCUGCAGGGGCCCACGGCGGCGUCCCAGCCAUGGCUCCAGGGGGCGUGCCCGGCCGCAGGCCCCGCCUCCCUGCUGGACCAGGCCAUCACUAGCAUCCUACAGGGAAACCUCUAG